AUGACUCUUGCACAGCUAGAUGUUGUGCACUUGUGUGCCGAUCAAGAUGAUAUUGAAGCAUUUUUUCAUGAAUUGCAGAAGUUCUGCCUGAAUGACAUUGCAAAGCCUUUCUGGAGUGAUUGGGUAUUAGCAGAUCCUGACUGGUUUUUCACACCAGAAUCUUUGCACAUCAUUUACAAGAAGUUUUGGGAUCAUGAUGCACAGUGGCUUAUCCUUGCAGUUGGAGAGUCUGAGAUAGACUUUUGCUUUUCCAUCUUACAGCCCACUACUGGUUAUCAGCAUUUCCAUGAAGGCAUCUCAAAACUUAAGCAAGUGACAGUUAUCGACAACUGGUACAUACCUAAACUCAAGCUUAUGCAAAGCAUUGUGCCUAGCAUCCACAGCUCUGGCAUCACAGAACAAUGGUCUGCAGAUGUUACUGAGCAUGUGCAUAUCAUGGAGAUAAAAGACCCCACAAGGUCCAGUAAUAAUAACAACUAUGAUCCCCAAAUCUGUCACCAUCUUGACUGUGUGGAUAAGUGCAAUUGGUUCAAACUUAUGACAAGUCUUCUAGACUGCAAGCCAGGUACUGAGGAGUUGCAGGGCAUUGGAGAGGAAUUUGCUGUUGAGGAUGAUGAGAGUGAUCAAAGGGAAAUUGGAUCAGUGCCAGUACCAUUACACACCUUUGUUGUCAUACAGACAGCAUUUUAUCUUGCUUACAAUUCUUCUAUCAAAAGUGUUACUCUUGAUGAAGUUGCCAUCAAGUUUGGCCUACCAGAUCUGCGCCCAGCUAUGGCUGAUUUCCUUCACCAUGAGGUCCAAGUCUGGUUUAAAAUCCAUUUACAGGAGACAGAAUUUCAUGAUAUUCACAGUAUUUGCCCAGCUCAGACACUAAACUGUGCACCACCCAGCAAUCCCUGGACGUUGGGCUGUUAUGACAAUGUCAUUAUUCAGACCAGUGAAGAGCACUCAUGGCCUGUCAUUCCAUUGCAGAGAUCAGAUUGA